CUCCAAUCUCCAUUCAUUUCUCUCUUCUUUACUUUUGGGUCUCUUUCUUCACGUCAACUCAAUCUCUCCUUUCCUCUUCCUUCAUCUCUACUCCGCUCCCCCUUCUCGUCAAGCUCCCUCUCCACUUUGACUUUCAGCCGAGCAAACAGCUUCCCUUUCCGCUCUGGUAUGUCCGCGGCACUAAGUCGCACAUGUAAUCAUGGCACAACCUGACCUCACUUCGCAUCAUGUCAACUACUUAAUAUGGAGGUAUCUCCAGGAAUCAGGCCAUGGCGACGCCGCUGUGUCUUUGCAGCGCGCGUGGUGUCCUGAUCCACAAACUCUACCCUUUGCGCCUUACAUCAAGACGCAUGCACUUGUGUCGCUAGUCCAAAAGGGUUUACAAUACCAUGAGCUCCAGUCCUCACUGGACAAGGUAUGUUAUGAGCCUGUCCGCCAGGGGGCGCAACCUCUUGCUUCUUCUCAAAAUAUCAUACAUUUAGGUCCUAAUUUCAAUGGGCAGGAGGGCAAUCACAUCAACUUGUCACCAAGUGACUAUUUCUUCGGACCUGAACCCUUUGAAACGGGGUUUGUGGAAAGGCGCGAUGAGGUCGGCACAGACCAAGCUUCCCCCGGCAAAAUUGCGCGCGACCAUCCGAAUGGGCAUGCCGAUCCCGGAAAGCAGGCCCGAACAGAAGAAGAUUCUAUGGAUGAUGAUGCCACUGAAAGCAAACACAGCAGUCCUAAUAUUGAUGGUGAUGGCGAUGUUAGUAUGGGGGAGAUCCCCGAACCCACCUACACCUUGACAAACGGCGGCAGCGUUGGCGUCCAGAUCACCCCCGCCAAGGCCGCUGAUUUGACGCCCGACACCGCCCUGCUGGAUGCGGAGGACCACGUGACCCGCGCCUUGUGGAGGCCCAAGGACCCAACGACGGUGGUGGCCGCCGGUGACACUUUUUGCGAUCUGUGGAAAUUAUCAUCAUCAUCGUCGCAUGUGAGGAAGAAGAUUGUGGACCACAAGAACAGCAGCACAUGUGUGUCAGCUGUCGGCUGGGACGCCAUUGGAGAAAAGUUGGCUGUAGCAACCUGUACGGAGCAACGGGGCACCAUCACCAUGUACAAUGUGAAUGGCGACGCAGUGGAUUUACUUCCUGAAGUACCUCGAAUCAUCACGGGUUUGCAUUGGGCAGAUUCCAGUUCGCAGUUGGUGGUUGUGGCUUCGGACAACCAUGUUUCGGAACUGGCACUAUGGGACGACAACCGCCGACCCGACGUCUUCCCUCCGCCUCAAAUUAUCGAAAAUCCCAUCUUCGAUCUCGCUUGGUGCGGCCGCAACCAGGUGUUUGCAUCUGGGGAGGGUGCAGUUUACCAAUGCGAAGUGGAUAACAGCAUCCGGUUGGUUAAGAAAUUCGCGGCCAACGGACCCAAUACGCCUUGGGAGUUCAUUCGUUGUGUCCAGACAGAUUCUCACUCGGUUGCUAUCGCCGCAUCUGGAACGACUAGUGCAAUCUGGAUUCCUACCCAUGAUAUUCUGAUUCCAAACGCACAUCAAGAAACAAUCACCGGAAUCGAGAUUCGCCCUCAACCCCAGGAUCAGCGCAUUAUUAUUGCAUCUUUUGCUACAGAUGACAUGGUCAAGGUGUGGCAGGUCGAUCUCGGGUCAAAGGAUUACUCAUGCAUUCACAAGCUACGCCUCGGCGAAUCCGUUCCUGCUCUUGCGGGAUGCUUCUCCCCUGAUGGAUACGCUUUCAGUGCAGUCAGCAAGGAUUCGCUCUUCAUCUGGAAUGUUGAGCGUGGGGGCGAACCCAUGGCUACUUGGACUGCUUCUAGUUCAGAGGUGAAAAAAGAGGACGGCAUGACCAAUGGACAGAAUGGUCACACAGAACCGAUUGGAUAUCGGGCUCUUUCAUGGGAUGCAGAUGGCAAGCGACUUGCCUAUGGCCUCGACAAACAGAUGGCACUUGUUAAUUUGCAACGGUGACGGAGCUGGGCUUUGAAUCUACAACAUAACAACUUACGACUCAUGCUCUCAACCUCCGACAUUCCCGCUUGAAAAGCCUUUCUUUCUUCGAAGACAUACUCUUCAUCGCCUCUUUUUUCUGUGAACAUACAUUUUUUCUUACUUAGAAAAUGCAUAACGGCAUUCAUUGCUUGGGAUAGGUUGGGUGGGCACGGCGAACAUGGACUGGCGACGGUGGAAUCUGUCUAUUUUCUUCUCUUUUGUGCUCAGGUGGUUGAUAUUUCCCGGAACUAACUUGUCUAUUAAUCAAGAAAAUACCCA